AUGCCUGUAUCCAUACCCAAUGGAGAGCCCGAUGGUGAGAUUCGCAGCAAUCAGCCAGCCCCCGAUGCCACUUCAUCCACUUGCCCAGAGACACCAAUAGCAGCCGCAGUCACCCCAAAAUCCACAGAUCCAUCGAUUGAAACGGUUUUUAUAUCUACCGACCCUGCCCGACUCGAUGGAGAAAUCGUGCAAUGGGUAAAAGCGGCUCCUUAUAUUCAAAAUCGUGUAAAGACGGCCGAUGAAAUGUUAUCAUCAAGAGAGCUUGUACUGCAGAGCGUCAAUUAUCUAGCGAACAAACGAGCCCGGAUGCAACCCAAAGUGCCAUCAACACCUUUUCGCUUCGUUGACCUUCCAUUGGAAAUCAAGAACAACAUAUACGACGCAUUCUCAACAUUCCUUGAGCAAGGCUUCCACUUAUCACUCUCAGACAUUCUAGCUUCCUCCCCUCGGUACCACGAAUCAUUGAUAUACACAGAGUACCCCGAGGAUGAUGCAGUGCCUGAAUAUCGUGAAGAAGAUGCCAUAUCUGACAAUGACCGCCUGAAAAAUGCAAACAAGAUCGUCGCUGUUGACAAAUUGAACGAAUCUGAUAAGCAGAAGAGCAAGACAACAACACCUGUUCGCUACGUGAGGCGCGCUGAUGAGCAAAAGCUUUCCAUAACGGCAGACUCAGUACCCAUCAUGAUCACCAGACGAUCACUUCUCAGCGUGUCUCGUCAAAUUCACAAGGAAUAG